CGUAUGCGGCAUAUAAUUGUCUCAGUGAUUGGUCUCUCUCUCUAAAUCAAUCUCUCUCUAAAAGUGUAAGCAGAGCAGGAACAAAAGAAGCGCCUCAGUAAGCUUUGUCUUCGAAGGUCUCUCAAAACCACUCCAAAGAGGCAUUGGGAGCUCAGGGCAUGGGUUCUAAAUCAGUUGUGGAUUUAAUAGAGGCUUCAUCAGGGGUUCAUUUUUCAGGAUUUCACUUGGAUAAAAUGGAGGCGAAAAAUUCAGAGGUGCUGCAACCAAAAACUUCAGCAGUUGAACAUGCACAUAAUCAACCUUUUGUCAUUGGAGUUGCUGGAGGUGCAACAUCAGGAAAGACUACAGUUUGUGAUAUGAUUAUUGAGCAGCUUCAUGAUCAGCGUGUUGUACUUGUUAACCAGGAUUCCUUUUAUCACAGUUUGUCUCCAAAGGAACUUACAAGAGUUAAUGAAUACAAUUUUGACCAUCCUGAUGCAUUUGACACUGAGCAAUUAUUAUGUGCCAUGGCGAAGUUGAAGUGUGGACAAUCAAUAGAUAUUCCAAAGCAUGAUUUCAAGAGUUACAAAAACAACGUAUUUCCAGCUCGAAGGGUAAAUCCUUCAGAUGUGAUAAUUUUAGAAGGCAUACUCAUUUUCCAUGAUCCUCGUGUACGAGAUCUGAUGAAUAUGAAGAUCUUUGUUGAUACAGAUCCUGAUGUACGCCUGGCAAGGAGAAUAAGGCGUGAUACAGUUGAGAGGGAUAGAGAUAUUGGUAUGGUACUUGAUCAGUACUCAAAAUUUGUGAAACCUGCUUUUGAUGACUUUAUACUCCCAACAAAGAAGUAUGCGGACAUUAUCAUUCCCCGUGGAGGAGAUAAUCAUGUAGCCAUCGAUUUAAUUGUCCAACAUAUUCGUACAAAACUUGGUCAACAUGAUCUUUGUAAAAUAUACCCUAAUCUUUAUGUCAUUCACUCAACUUUUCAGAUUCGUGGUAUGCAUACGCUUAUACGUGAUUCUCAAAUAUCCAAACAUGACUUCAUUUUUUACUCUGAUCGAUUGAUUCGUUUGGUUGUUGAACAUGGCCUGGGACAUCUUCCAUUUACAGAAAAGCAGGUGAUUACUCCUACUGGGUCUGUAUACACCGGUGUGGAUUUCUGUAAGAGGUUGUGCGGAGUCUCCAUAAUUAGAAGCGGUGAGAGCAUGGAGAAUGCUUUACGGGCAUGUUGUAAAGGCAUUAAGAUUGGGAAGAUACUCAUUCACAGGGAAGGUGACAAUGGUCAACAGUUAAUUUAUGAGAAACUGCCAAUGGACAUCUCAGAUAGGCAUGUGUUAUUGUUGGAUCCCAUCUUAGGCACAGGGAAUUCAGCUGUUGAAGCUAUUUCUUUACUAAUAAAGAAGGGCGUACCAGAGUCCAACAUCAUAUUCCUCAAUCUCAUAUCUGCACCACAAGGAGUGCAUGUGGUUUGCAAACGCUUCCCAAGAAUAAAGAUCGUGACCUCUGAGAUUGAAACUGGUUUAAAUGAAGAUUUUCGUGUCAUCCCUGGAAUGGGAGAAUUUGGAGACCGAUAUUUUGGUACAGAUGACGAUGACGAACUGGUUCCGGUAUAGUUUUGACUUUUGAGUUUACUUUCCCGAGCACAACAUUUUCCAGUGUCAUCAACAGAGAGAGGAGUCAGUUGGAACUCAUUUUAAGUUUUAACUAACAAUGUCUUGGGUGGUGCUCGAUUUGAAUUUUAUAUCCUUUUAAAACAUGAGACAUAAGCUGAGGCUAAGUUUGUGGAGACAAACUUUUUGGGAAUUACACAGUACACGGGUUGGAUAUCAAUUUGUCAAGUGGCUAUAGUGACUGUCAAAUGAUGUUUUUAUUUAUUUAUUAUUUUUUCUUCUUGAACGGAAUGCUUCCAACUUGGUGACCUUUGGUAUACGAUGUUUCGGAUAUGUACAAUCCGACUUUUCAUACCCUUAAAAAUGGGCAAUGUAUAUUUAGGGCUUAUACUGGGGCAAUCCUUCUAUCACAGAUUGAAACUGAUUGGCAGAGUUCCUAUAUGUAAUCUUGAACCUUCAAACUUCAACCAAUUAUAUCAUCAUUUUUCAGUUGCAUCUGAUA